UCUUUUAACUCAUAUUUAGAGGGAAAAAACUACUUUUGGUCAUUUCACAACAAAGGAAUCAAUGGUAGAACAAUCUAAAAUAUCGAAAGCACAAAAGGUAUCUCUUGUCAUUUGAUGCUCAAACUCUUUGUAUGGACAACAACAACAACAACAACCACAACAGAAACGAUGAGGUUAACCACACCGUUUAUAUCAGUUUCAACAAAAAUGAUUCAUCAGUCUCCUCUUUCAUCAGCUACCUCAUCGCUGCUUUCAACCGACAAGGAAUCAUCUCUGCGUUCGUUGACGGUAAAAGCAGCCAUGACGAAGCUGUCGAGAGGGAGAUGGGACCUGAAGAAUUCUCCAAAUUAAGGGUGGUGGUGGUGGGUUUUUCCAAAAACUAUGCACUUCAUGUGUCAUUCUUGGAAAAACAGAUUCUCGAGUACUCAUACCGUAACAACAACGACUUUGUGGUUGUUCUGGUGUUCUAUGGAGUCAGUGUAUCGUCCGUGAAGCAACAUACGGAGAGGUUUGGUGAAGAGUUUGACGCAGUCCAAAGAUCGAUGAUUAAGUGGCGACCAGGCCAUGAAUAUGAUUGUAAACGAAGAGGAUUUAAACAUUCUGUAGAGAAUAUAGAUCUCCGAGGCGAAAGCUCUAUUAACGCAGAAUGGAUGGCUUACAUUGGAGGCUUCGUUAAUCUAAUUUCUCUAAAUCUAUCAGAUUGCCAGAGACUCAACAGUUCCACCCUCUGGCCUAUCACAGGAUUAACGAGUUUGAAAGAGUUGGAUCUUUCAAGAUGUUGGAAGGUUACAGAUGCUGGUAUAAAGCACCUCCAAUCUGUUGUAUAUCUGGAAAAGUUGUGGAUUUCACAGACAGGUGUUACUAAAGUUGGAAUUUCUCUUCUUGCUUCACUUAAAAAGUUGUCUCUUUUGGAUUUGGGUGGCUUACCUGUAACUGAUCAAAACUUGAUUGCUCUCCAGGCACUGACAAAGCUAGAGUACCUUGACAUCUGGGGAAGCAACACUCCAAACAUACCGCACCUUGAAUGCUUACACAUGAACAUGUGCACCAUUGUAACCGAACCAAAAACUCAGAGCUCAUUAGCUUCCUUGAAAAAGCUAGUUUUAUCGGGAGCUAAUUUCAGUGCCGAAACAGAGGCCUUGUCCUUUACCAACAAAAGCUCUAUAACCUACUUAGACGUUUCCAAGACUUCCCUACAAAACUUCAGCUUCUUAGAAACUAUGAUUAACCUAGAACAUCUUGAUCUGAGCUCCACAGCUUUCGGGGAUGAUUCUGUUGGGUUUGUAGCAUGUGUUGGUGAGAAUCUGAGGAAUCUUAAUGUCUCGGAUACAAAAAUCACUUCUGCUGGGGUCGGGAAUCUUGCAGGACAUGUGCCGCAACUCGAGACAUUCUCUCUGUCUCAGACAUUUGUCGACGAUCUUUCCAUCUUGCUUAUCAGCACCAUGAUGCCUUGCAUUAAAGCCCUUGACUUGGGCAUGACCAGUAUCCGAGGAUUCAUCCUACAACAAUCUCCACAAGAAGAACAAGCAGAGCCGUCGUUAGCAGCACUACAAUCUCUAACUUCCCUUAAAACCCUGAGUCUAGAACAUCCGUACCUGGGCGACACAGCUCUUUCCGCUCUAAGUAGCCUUACUGGAUUAACACAUCUGCAACCAUGGGGUCGAAUUGAUAUGCGGCCGGAAUCGUGACGUCAGCUUCCACAUUCUCUGCUACUUUCUGGCGGCUUGCGACGGAGGACUUGAGGUUUUGGUAGGGGACAAAAGCUCUGUGAUACCGUGAAUAACGUGUUGUUUUGAGAUAAUGAAAACGGCAUGGUGUU